GCCAGGUUUCCAGACUCCUAACGGUGUCCACGAGAUAGCACUUAUCUGAGGGUGCACACAGCACCUCUUAAGGUGCCUCUUAACACUGACUGCUUGUGCCUGAUCGGUCCCCACCUGGCAUCGCCGGCUUAAGGUCAGUCUCCCGGGAGGCUGAUUUCCCGGGCGGCGGUGCCCCUUUAAGAGCGCAGCGUCCCGCCCCCUAGGGGGCGGGAUCUGGAGGGACUUUAAGGGGCGUGCCCGCGGGCGGCCGGGGUCCUCCCGGGAUUAGCGCGGGGUGGGCGCGCGGCGCCGCCAUUUCUUGGCGUCUCUGAGGACCUGUCCUGUCUUCCCGUCGCUGGGCGUCUACCGUCAGGUCGUGGGCACUCGUCGCUGCCGUCUGGUCGCCGUGCGGUCUUCUUCCCCAGUGCAGUGGCAAAAAUGCUGAGCUUCCUCCGAAGAACACUUGGCCGACGGUCCAUGAGAAAACAUGCAGAGAAGGAACGACUCCGAGAGGCGCAGCGAGCUGCCACACACAUUCCUGCAGCUGGAGAUUCCAAGUCUAUUAUCACAUGCCGGGUGUCCCUUCUGGAUGGCACUGAUGUUAGUGUGGACUUGCCGAAGAAAGCCAAAGGACAAGAGCUAUUUGAUCAGAUUAUGUAUCACCUGGACUUGAUCGAAAGCGACUAUUUUGGUCUGAGAUUUAUGGAUUCUGCCCAAGUAGCACAUUGGUUGGAUGGUACAAAAAGCAUCAAAAAGCAAGUUAAAAUUGGUUCACCCUAUUGUCUGCAUCUUCGAGUUAAGUUUUAUUCCUCAGAGCCAAAUAAUCUUCGUGAGGAGCUAACCCGGUAUUUAUUUGUUCUUCAGUUAAAACAAGAUAUUCUCAGUGGAAAAUUAGAGUGUCCCUUUGAUACAGCAGUGCAAUUGGCAGCCUAUAAUCUGCAAGCUGAACUUGGCGACUAUGAUCUUGCUGAACAUAGUCCUGAACUUGUCUCUGAGUUCAGAUUUGUUCCCAUUCAGACUGAAGAGAUGGAACUGGCUAUUUUUGAGAAAUGGAAGGAAUACAGAGGUCAGACUCCAGCACAAGCUGAAACCAAUUAUCUUAAUAAAGCCAAAUGGCUAGAAAUGUAUGGGGUUGAUAUGCAUGUGGUCAAGGCUAGAGAUGGCAAUGACUAUAGUUUGGGACUAACCCCAACAGGAGUCCUUGUUUUUGAAGGAGAGACCAAAAUUGGCUUAUUUUUUUGGCCCAAGAUAACCAGAUUGGAUUUUAAGAAGAAUAAAUUAACUUUAGUGGUUGUGGAAGAUGAUGAUCAGGGCAAGGAGCAAGAGCAUACCUUUGUCUUUAGAUUAGAGCAUCCAAAAGCCUGCAAACACUUAUGGAAGUGUGCUGUGGAGCAUCAUGCGUUCUUCCGCCUCCGGGGACCUGUCCAGAAGAGUUCUCAUCGUUCAGGAUUUAUUCGACUAGGAUCACGAUUUAGAUACAGUGGAAAAACAGAGUAUCAGACCACAAAAACUAAUAAAGCAAGAAGAUCAACAUCCUUUGAAAGAAGACCCAGCAAACGAUACUCUCGACGAACCCUGCAAAUGAAAGCAAGCACAACCAAACCUGAAGAACUUGGUGUUCAUAGUGUUUCAACACAAAGUAAUGACUCCCAACAGGCUUGGGGUGUGAGGUCUCCUGUGCCUGUGAUUCCUUCCUCAUCCUCUGGUCCUGUGCUAGUGGAGAUAGAGAAUCUUCCACAGAGUUCUGCAACAAACUAUCAUGACAGAAAAUGCUCGCCUCUAAAUGUUGAUUUGCUAAAUAGUCCAGACUUACUAGAAACAACCAUUGGUGAUGUAAUGAGGGCAUCAGAUACUGCAGAAACAUCCUCAGUACUGGAUGACAAUAAGGUAACCACCAGGUCAACUGGAUUAGAGGAGCCGAAAGUUGAAUGUGGAAUGUUAAAAGAUGCUACAGAGAAGCUCAAAAAGUUUGAAGUGGAACAGAAUCUCUUGCCAUCUCCUCGACCCAACAUUGAUGUUAAUGUCAACAGCCAGGAAGAAGUGGUAAAGUUGACUGAGAAAUGUCUUAAUAAUGCCAUGGAGAGCCCAGGACUGAAUGCUGUGAGGGUUCCUCCUGACUUCAAGAGUAAUAUUUUGAAGGCUCAAGUAGAAGCAGUGCAUAAGGUUACAAGAGAAGAUAGCUUAUUAACUCAUAAAAAUGCAAGUGCUCAGGAUGCUACCAGGAACAGCUCCAGCUUUGGUGCUGUCUUAAAUGGCAAUAAUGGGUCCUUCAAAGAUUCCCUCACUCUGGUGCAUACCACACCAGCAGGUGGUGAUUCUGUUCUAAAGGAUGCUACAGAUGAAUUGGAUGCCUUACUCUUGUCUCUAACUGAGAAUCUGAUGGACCACACAGUUACACCCCAGGUGUCUUCAUCAUCCAUGAUCACACCCCGGUGGAUUAUUCCACAGAGCACCACCAUCUCCAAUCAGCUCACAGGAUGUGGAACAUCUUCAGCAGGGACAGAGGGAUAUGAUAAUAAAGAUGGAUUCUCACUGAUCUCCCCACCAGCACCAUUCUUAGUAGAUUCUGUGACCAGCUCUGCCCCUGCUUUGGCGGAAGACACUGUCUUGAAGCAGAAGUGCUUACUGACUACUGAGCUCUGAGGCCAACCCGGCCCCUGUAACAGACAUGCCCUGCACUCUUCAACCCACUGUCCUGGAAUCCAGCCGAGGAGCAAGUCCUUUACGUAUAGGUAGAAAGCUUCUACCUGGAUUUAACUUUAACUUCACAAAGAAAGAAGCUACAUAUUCCGUCCAACUGGAAGUCCACCCCACAUAUCUACUCAACUGAAGAUGCCUGGUUUUUUCCUUUCUUUCAUUUUGAGUUGCCAAUUCCUGAAAUGAAAUUCCCUAGUUUCCUUCAAGCUCUUGGCUCCACCUAGUGGUUGCCUUUUCAUUGCUGUUUUCUCCCAGUGUCAGGGUGAGCACACCUGACCUGAAGGCCUUUGAGAGAAACUGCAAUUUUCCAUGCAUUACCUGGAAACUGGGAAUUUAGGAAUGGAUGCAGAUACUGUGUAGGUAGGUUUCAGGCCAGCUCUUUCAUAGUUACUAUAAUACUAAAGAGAAACUGAGGAUAUACAGGGUUUCAAUAUGUCUCACAUUUUGAAUCUUUGUGGAGUAAGGAUUUUACUACUCUGAAUUUACACCCAAGAUAAAGGUUAAGAAGAGCUACGGAGAGAUCGUUUCCAGGCAUGGGCAUGUUUUCCUCAGUCCUCCUUUCCUAUAGGAAGUGUUUAAGCAUAUCAAACUCACCUGUUUGUGACUCAGAGGGGACAGAUACCUGAGGCCUGCACGCUUCCUUCUGAGCCAGUGGGGAAUGUGGCCCAGUAGCGAGUAGCAAUGGCGCCCUUCAGCAGUGCUUCACUUCGGGACCUCCCAUUCCUCAGUAUAUGCUGAAUGAAUGUAGAACUUGCAAACUGGAAAGCAAAGACAAGAGACACCUGGCUGCAGAAUUGGCAGUGAGAGGAGUUUUUUUCUUGACUGGCUCUCAACUAGGGAGCUGUGCACAGUGUACUGAAAGAGGUUGGGUUACAUUAGGGAGUUUGUGUCAGUUUAGAAAGUUCUCUAGAAUUCCCACCUCUUUUUCCUGUACCAGAAAAAGCUCAGGAUAUUAAAGUAGUACAUGCUUACCACAUAAAAGUGUAUGGGUCUACCUGUGAUCCCAGCACACAGAAAUAACACUAAUGUAGCUUUAACUAUGUAGACUGAAAUAUCAACACCUCGGUCACCAUGGGGAGUACAGUACAUAGACAACACUGGUAAAGCCAGUGGUGAUAUCUUGUUAUCAAGGACUGAUGUUAAGCUACACCUCCUAGCAUUUGUUCAGUUUCCUGCCCAUCGCAUAGCAUGUGUAGAGCCAGGCAUUCAUUUUAACUUCUCAGCUAAAAGAACGUUCAGCUCUAUGAUCUUUAAAACAUUGUGAUUUGUACUCCUGGUAUCCUUGUGACAUAUAAUAUGCUCGGAUAAACACUAGUAUAUGACUGGAAAGCUCAGGAAUUUUAAUCUUACAUCAUUUCCCAGGGAGCUGGAGAAAUUGGAAACCACCUUUGUACAAAGUAUGUUUGCAAAAGGAGCAUUGGCUCUUCUUGCUGGCUGUCUCCCCUUAGCCAGUAACUAGGCUUAUACAUUUCAUUGGCAGUGUUCUAGCGACGCUGUUACAAAAGACAUUUUCUCACAAUUUUGACACGAGAGCUUGACCCAAAUAUACUGGACUGAGCAUGAUAGAUCUUUAGUGUCUGACAAGUCUGGGUGGCCUACAGUGUUGCAUUGGUAGCCACAGGCUAGCUAACAAAUGGUGGCUUAGGAGGCCCAAACGUCCCGUCUUGUUGAGGAGCUAGCACCAUCCUUUCUCAGACUCUCCAAAUGUUCAAGGAAUAGCUGCAGCUACUCCAUAGCAUUUGGAUAUCCAGGUACCUGAAUUCUUGCCAGUCAAAAUAUUUGCUAGGGACUUUGUUAUUCGUUUGAAUCUUGUUAAAAGAAAAUCUUACAUCCUGACCUGGUAUGAAAUGGCACACUUAGAAAUUCAUUCUUGGAUGGUGAAUUAGCCCUGACAGGUUAGACACCAUCAAAUAUGUUUCCUGUCACGUUUGCUGAUGUGCCAUUCCUAGAACUGCUGUAAUUGCACAGCAUAUUCUGAGUGAGGCAGAGCUGAGGGCAUCUGUGGAUGUAACGGGGAAGGGAGGGGAGGUGUGUGAAGCACUCAGGAUAACCGCAGGGUGAGGCCACAGGACAUGGGUAGGAAGGCAGCUGGUGGUGUGAGGCUGAGUUAGGAAGAGGGGCAGCUGGCAGCACUGGCAGCUGUAGUGAUGGUUUGUGUCACUACUCUGGGAUCACUGGGAAUAGUGCUUCAGCAGCUGCUCUGCUGCCUGCCCGGAGGGAGCUUCCAGGAGAGGAUCUUGACAAGGUUCACAAUCGAGCCCUGAUCAGGGUAGGGGACUUGGUGUGGCAGUUUCAUUCAGGUGUGCUUGUUUUAGUUAUCAGCUGUAGACUGCCUCAGUGCAGGCAGGAUUCUUAUAAAGAAUCUGUGAGAUCUGAACUCUUGACAGCUUGUUGGUGGCCUCUCCCUUCUACACAGGGGAGACACUUAACACAGGUUACUCCAUUCCUGCUCCAGUUGCUGCUGAACAGAGGAGCAAGCAGGUCCCUUAGCAUUUUGCACUGCAUUGAGAAAACAUUUUUUGAAAAUAUGUUCUAUAGUUCUACUGUCUCUAGUGUUUGCUUUUGCACAGUCACAGGCGUUCUGAGUACAUUGGAGGAUGAGAGCCCUGAGCUGUUUCUAGGAUCUAGACUGCUUGUUCUCUUAUGUUCUCAGUUCUGGCUAAAAUUUGGACCUGUGUCCCUAUAACUGAGCCCCAGGAGGAAAGCCCUGCUGUCCCUUCAGAGCCCUUGCUGGAUUGUUUGCUGGUUGCUCACCUGCUGAACAGUUUUCACAGUUUUCAAAGGAAGAGUCUUGAGAGGCAAAAUUCUUCUCAUUUAGCAAGGUUCAUAUUCUUAUUUGUUCUCUGUUUUAAUUUUGUUGUUUUGAGACAAGGUUUCACAAUGUAGGCUAGGCUGGCCUUGAACUCAUGGCAGUCCCCCUGCCUCAGCCUCCCAAAUGCUGGGAUUGCAAGCAUGUACCACCAUGCCUAGUAUACGUUUGUUCUGAUAGGUUUUUGGUUGGUUGGUUGGUUGCUGCUGUUUUCUUUUUUUAAAUUGUUUCUAGGGAUCAAACCUGGACCCUUGUACAUGUUAGAAAAUCUCUGCCAAUAUUCCUGUUCUAUAGCAUGCCAGAGAUAGCAAAUACUUCACCACUCAGUUCUGCCAGUACUACACAGAAUCAUCAGAGGACAGAACACAUGUGUUCACUGCAGCUUAUUUAUAGUAUAGCUCUGAGCCCUGGCUUCCAGCUUUGGAGAAGAGUAGAAUGCUGCCUGGGAGGUGUCCAGUUGGGCCCCACAGCAACAUCAGUCAAUCCAGGAAUUCAGCAUUUUGAGACACUGUGAUCCUCAAGGCUGCAAGGUGGAAUUAUGGGUCUCAGUUGAGAGUCUUUGGAGAGCCUGCCAGUGCUAUUUAAUGCUGCUCUUGGCCAUGUGCUGUUUGGAAACUUGGAUAAAGAAUGUCUUUAUAAAUUGUCCCUUUUUUGUUGUUGUUUUCUCUGAAAAGUUGAAAGCCAUUCUUGAAUGACCAGGAACAGGUUGGAAACUUCCCAGUAUUUCAGCUCCCAGGAUGAGGAGCUUCGUUUGGGUUUUGGAAAUUUUCCUAAAACUGAAUUCCGCUGUGAGCAUGUUGGUGGAACUACGAUUCUUUCUCAGUUCUGUACCUCCCUUAUUUGAUUGCAUUGUUUGAGACAAUAUCACUAAGUUCUCAGGAUUUCUUCUCAUUAGAGAGUUUUUUGUUUUUUAUUUUUUCAAAGAACUCUUUGCUCUUUUUGUUUUCUGAACUGGAUAUAAUAGACGGUUAUGAGGACUCACUAACAAUUUUGUGUUUACUUUUCCUAUGUAAAGCUCUGUAGCAGUGUGGAAACUGUAAUUUAUUUUUGUAUCGAGUGCACUAUAUUCAGUGAGUUCCCUUUGUAUAUGGCUUGUAUUAGAAGCACUGCACUGAACUGUGAGUUGUCUGUACACUGAAGCAACCCCAUUCCAAUAAAACUUCU